AUGACGCGCGUACCUCCCACUCUCCCCGUUAUUAUCAUGGGCGCCGGCAUGGUCGGCUUGACCCUAGCCCAAGCCCUCAAAAAAGCCGACAUCCCCUACGAAAUUUACGAGCGCGACACUUCAUAUGAUACUGAAAAGGGCCGUGGGUGGGCUCUAACAGUACAUUGGGCACUCGGUGCCCUCGAAGAGUGCCUCCCCAAGGAGCUCUUCAAUCGCCUGGAGUCCAUUCAAGUGGACCCAACCCUGGACGACAGUCGCCGCUUCUGCUUCAUCGAUCUAGCGACCGGAAACCCAAAAUACGUUAUACCCCCAACGAAGCGUCACCGUGUCAACCGCCGCCUACUUGGCAAUUUACUUGGCGAAGGAAUUGACAUCCGCUACAACAAGGGGCUCGCGGGAUUCGACGUGCAUAAUGAUGGCGUUGAAGUCACCUUCACGGACGGGACAUCUACAAAGGGAUGUUUGCUGGUCGGCACAGACGGGCGCAAUAGUAAAACCCGUCGUCUUCUUCUUGGCGAGCGACUCGGCGGCCUCAAUCCGCUUCCCGUUAACAGCGUCGGCGCGACUAUAACAAUGACGCCUGAAGAGUUUGCGCCAGUUCGCACCAUUGAUCCUCUCCUUUUCCAGGGGACGCAUCCAGAGUCUGGUGUGUAUAUGUGGUUCUCCCUCGUGUCUAGUCCUACCAUCAAUGGAAGUCUCGGGACGGAAAACCCAUACUAUGAGGGCCAAUUGAUUCAGUCGUGGCUACAUAAGAGCGAAGCCGAUAACGUCCCCGAGACAGAUGAGGAGCGGCUAGCAGUGUUCAAACGCAAUGCGCAAAAUUUCGAUCCUCGUCUUCGUGACGCGGUCAUGUCCCUCCCAGAUGACACGAGAGUCCUGCAUAUCAAGCUCGUCGACUGGGUACCCAUGCCCUGGGAUAACCACAACGGCCGUAUCACGGUCGCGGGUGAUGGCGCCCAUGCUAUGACAUCUUACCGUGGCGAAGCGUUCAACCACGGCGUCGCCGAUGCGGCUGUGCUAAGCAGGAAUAUAAUUUCUGCGUGGCAUUCUGUGGACACGAACAAUACUUUGCAGAUUGCUGUAGAUAGAUAUGAGGAGGAAAUGCGUAUCCGGACUUCAGAUGCUGUGCUGCUCAGUACACAGGCCUGUUUGGAGGCGCAUGAUCUGCAUGCGCUGCAGCCCGAUAGCCCGUGUGUGAGUAAACGAGCUCAGGUAGCCAAGGAAGCGAGGGAGGCGAGAGCCCAGGCUCGGCUGGAGAUGGUUGGCUGA